CUCUCGCUCUCUCCCCGCUAACUUUCCCGAGCUCCGGCCGGCGGCGCAGAGCUCCCCGGCAGCCUCGGAUACCACUGCAGACCGCGGCUGCGAGCGCGGCUGUGCCCGGUAUCCCAUCCCAGCGUCCCUGGAGCGCUCGGGAGAGAACAGAACGAUGCCCAGGGCCGGGGACCGAGGCGCAGCCCGGGCGAGAUGGCUGGGCACUGGGCUUUUGGGUCUCUUCCUGCUCCCUGCGUCCCUGUCGCUGGAGGUAUCUGUGGGAAAGGCCACCACCAUCUCCGCUGUCAACGGCACGGAGAUCCUGCUGCCCUGCACCUUCUCCAGCUGCUUCGGCUUCGAGGACCUGCGCUUCUGGUGGUCCUACAACAGCAGUGAUACAUUCAAGAUCCUCAUAGAUGGGACUGUGAAAAAUGAGAAGUCUGACCCCAAGGUGAAGUUGAAAGAGGAUGAUCGCAUCACACUGGAGGGCACCACAAAGGAGAAGAUGAACAAUAUUUCCAUUCUGCUGAGGAACCUGGAGUUCAGCGACACAGGCAAAUACACCUGCCACGUGAAGAACCCCAAGGAGAAUAAUCUUCAGCAUCAGGCCACCAUCUUCCUCCAAGUUGUUGAUAAAUUGGAAGAAGUGGACAACACAGUGACGCUCAUCAUCCUGGCUGUCGUGGGCGGGGUCAUUGGGCUCCUCAUCUUCAUCCUGCUGGUUAAGAAGUUUGUUGCCUUCAUCAUCAAGAAGACUCAGGAGAAGAAGAAGGAGUGCCUCGUGAGUUCUUCAGGGAAUGAUAAUACAGAGAAUGGGUUGCCGGGCUCCAAGGCGGAAGAGGAAGCACCAACCAAAGUGUGAGCCCUGCUUGGGGCCAAGCAGCCUCGGGGAGCCGCACUUUCCGGUGAUGAAACUGAUGCUUGAGCCGUGUCCGUGAACCCACGUGCCUGAGACAUCUGCUGCUUGGCUCAAACUGUAGUCUUCCCCGGCGGCGGGAGAAGCUAGGGUCCUUGCCCAGACUGCCCCAGCCCCUGCCCCGCCAGGGCUCCCCAGGGACGAGGGCUGGCCAGGGGAGGGGGGCCUGUGGAAGGUUUAGGAGAGGAAAAGAGGCACUGGGGAAGUGUGCAGGGCUGGUCUCCUGACAUCCAGGUGGAUGGUCUUCUUCAGUGUCCCCACCUUGUUUAAGGAAUGCCUUGCUUUUCCUCCCGACGUCUCUUUGAGAGAGACUUGGGGGGUGGGCAAGGGAUGCCCCAGUAGCUGAACCCUGUGUGGGGAGAGGCCAGAGGUCUCUGUGCAGAAUCUGGGGGUGGGAAGCUUUGAUAGAUACUUGGUCUCUCACAUCCCUCUAAUGAGGAACUUCCCUUUCCCUGCACCCCUGGGUACCUGUCUGCCUUGGUACCCCCCCAACCUGCUGCUCCUCUGAACUCUCCAAGCUAGGGCUGCUGCCUUGGUCUUGGUGGGGGGGGGUCCCAGCCCACCUGGUUUGUUCCUCUGAUCCCUGGAUUCUGGAGGCACUCAUGAAGGGGCCCGUCAGGCCUUCCUGGAGCACUGGAGUGCCACCUACACCUUUCCUAGCAUUUCUCCUGGGAGGAUCAGGGCUGCAGAGGUGGGCCUCUUGGCCACAGAAUGCCUACCCCAGGCCUGCCAACCCCAGCGGCUCCUUAGCAUGGCAGGACCACCGCCGCUCCUGGGAACUCGGGCCGGCUCUGCCCUGCUCCUCUCCCCAGAAGCAGCAGGUGGCACCAUCUUGCUUGAGGAGUUGCUCCUCAACCCUCCCCUCCCGCUGGCUGCUCCUCCUGGGCCCCUCCAGCUUCUGCCGGCCCAGGGUUGUUCAUCUCCAGCCCUGGGUCAAGGCUCGCCAUCACCUCAGGGGUUCUCUUGCUUUGGAUGGGAGGGCCUUUGGGAUUUCUGGCUGCUUCCUGCUCAGCUGUGCCCCCUCCCACCCUGGGGUUGAGGAGGAGCAGGAGAGACUGCCCACGGUUUUCCAUUGUUUUUCCAAGCGCUGGUUUGCACACCCCUUGUGUGUGGGGCUAGACUGUGCCUUACCUCCCGAGUCCUAGCUUCUACCGUCCCUCCUCCCUUUAGCCCAGAUGGAACAGCCCACUCGGGGGUGGGGCGGCA